UUGGCAUCCGGUCAUAUUUUAGAAAUUUACAGUCGAGACCGACAUACUUCUUCAGCCAGUGGUCAACUUCGUUCGAUUGGUGUGUCAAACUAUGAGGUUCGGCAUUUGGAGGAGCUACUUGAACACUGUAAAGUUCAUCCGGCUCUAAAUCAGGUAGAAUUUCAUCCACAUUUCCAUCAAUUAGACCUCUUCGACUACUGCAAGUCACACGAUAUUCAUUUUCAGGCAUACAGCAGCUUCGGAGGACCGGACUAUCGUGACGAGCUGUUUGGUGAUCCGGACGUGAUUGAACUCGCCGAAAAAUAUGAAAUCACUGUCCCACAAUUCCUACUCUCUUGGGCCAUAUCACAGUCAAUCAGCGUCCUGCCUCGCAGCACCUCACGUGAAAGGACGAUUGAAAAUUUUGCAGCGAAAAACGUCCGGAUUUCUCCGGAAGACAUUGAAAAGCUUUGGAAAAAUGGCAAAUGCCACAAGGCGUGCUGGGAUCCGAGCGUUGUUGUCUGA